AUGUCCGUCUUUGACAGAAAGGUAACUAGUUUCUCAGCUGGAAAAUCAUCUCUUAGUAGGGUUGUACCACAAACCCGGACGGCGUCUUUACCGCUGGAAAUUACUGAUGAAUUUUGCGAAGUUGAGCUGACUUGCAGAAUCCAGUUGAAGAAAAAUGAAAACGUUCUGAAUGAGUCUGUUGCUUCCGAGCUGGAAGAAACGUUCUCCCGUGCUGAAUCGUCUCUGUUUGCUGCUUGUCGUCAAAAGCCUUUUAAAGUCCCAAGAGCUUUAGCUGGAGCUAUCGAUGAAGUCUUAUCCAAACCAAUCGUCGAAUCUUUGAACAUCAUCACCGAAGACGUCUUGGACGCUCAGGCUGCGGAGCACGAUGAAAGUUCUUCGUUGAUCAGUACUUGUUGCGAAGAGACUCAAGUUCUUGAAGAAGAGACCCAAGUUCUUACUAAAUCUUCAGAUGAUGAUGCUGCAGUAACUCCAUUGGACAACACUUCGAAAGUGAGCAGUAGUGAAGUAAUGCUUUGGCUCACACUAUUUGGACUUGCAUUACUAGCGUCUACGAUAGUUGGUUUGAUAAUUACCUUAACAUUCUUUGGGUGCAGAUUUCUCUUUAAUGUUUCGCAACAUAACAACACACGUUCCGUAAAAAAUAAAAAUCGGAACGAUAGUGCUUGUGAUCAUAUUCUCAACUACCAAGAACCAUUGUCAAAGUCAUCAGUUGCGGAGGUUCAUGGGCAUCUCCUCCCGUACCCCAGUCGUCCACCCCCGAGCUUACCACGCGAAUAUAAAGAUCUGCUAACACCUGAAAAGAGGGCGUCACUCGCUGGACACCACUACGAUUAUCCGAGUUUGUCUGCAGUUACACUCAUGCCGGCUUCGCAAUACCCACGUGCGUGUAAAUUUGAUGGUUAUAUGAUUCCCAAAUCUGCCUGCGGGCAAAUGGUAUAAAGAAUUAAAAACUUACACACCAGAUAGAGCAUCCGUAAUUGAUUUUUCAGGCUUGCAGUCACACAAACAACAGGCAAAUCGUAAGGCACUUCCUGCAUGCAAGGCAGUUGGUAAAGUGCAGAUAAUAAAAUAUUUAAACACAUUCUUAAGUUGUAUUUUGUACAUUCAUGUUCCUCGUUAUGAAAAUAAGAGCUUUGAUUUGUUUUUCUUCUGAAUUUAAUUUAGCUGAUAAUUAGUACAGGCUUUAUAUCGUUCAAACACAGCGAUUUAACGUUGUAACAACUACAUUUUAACCAUUGGAAGAAACGUUUUUUCUGUGUUUACAUUUCUAGAGUAAUAUCUGAGCAAAUAUACAAUUGAUUAUUUUUGUUAAUACAAGUUUUCCAUUCAACUGAUUCGACUUUUUAUAUGGUUUCUGUCCCGUUAAUUAGAGAUUCUAUAUUUUUUCAAUAGAUUUAAUUGUGUAAAUUUAUAUAUGAAGACAUAUUGAAUUUAGCUCGUCUAUGAAUAUUGUGAAGUCCGUUACUUUAAACUGCUAACCCCUACAAUGUCGGGAGUAUUUUGGGAAGUGGGUCUCUUGCUUUGAGGUUAGCAAUAUAUAGAGGGUAGUAAUGUGAAUAAGUUGCCUGAGACGACAGCUUGCUUGCUCAUUAUUGCACAGUUUUAUUACAGUUUUUUGGUUCUCCUGAAAAAUUUAAAUUUUGCAUCUUAUAUGUAGUUCUCCUCCUAUGAUUUCCAAGCUACAGCUAUGAGAAAUAUACCUUCAAAUUUAAUAAAAAAAUUCUA